AUGGAAAAACGCGAGCCCUCGUUAGUACCUGAAUGGUUGAGAAGCUCAGGGCAUGGUUCGAAUCAACUUCUGUCAUCUUCUUCUCAUUCAGUUUCUUCGUCUUUAUCAAAUAAUAGCAAGAGUAGGACUUCUAGGAGGACAAGUGAUGUUGAUUCAGUUCGGUCUCCUUAUCUUGACCGGUCUUCUUCCACCAAUACAAGGAGGGGGUCUAGUAAUGGGUUUACAAAAAAUGCAUAUAGUAGUUUCAACUUCGGUAGGAGCAACAGAGAUAAAGAUCGUACCAGGGAGAGGGAUAGAUUGAGCUACAUGGAUCCAUGGGACUUCGACACUCCUUUUCCUCUUGGAACCUUUUUAAUUGGUAGGGAACAGGAGCAACUGAGACGAUCAUACUCAAUGACAACUAGGAAACAGGGCAACCACCUGGCUCAAGGGCUUACUCUGGGAUUAAAAAAUGGUGGAAGCAUUAAUGUUUACAAUGGGAAAGGUACACUUCCUGGAAGUAGUCCUGCAAAGAGCUUGAAAAAAACUGGAUUCGAUAAGGAUUUUCCUUUGCUUACAGCCGAAGAGAGCAAUGGAGGUCCAGACCUUGUGAGAAUUUCAUCUCCUGGUCUAUGUCCUGCUGUUCAGAGCUUGCCAGUUGGUAACUCAGCUUUGAUUACCGGGGAAGGUUGGACUUCGGCUCUGGCAGAGGUUCCCAAUGUUAUUGAGAAAACUGGUGCUGGAUCUCAUGCUAAUGUUGGUAAUUCGGCUACCUUGAUGGGACCGACUGGUCGUAACAUGGCUGAAGCAUUGGUGCAGGCUCCAUCAAGAACUGGUACACCACCCCAGGGAUCUGUAAGCACUCAAAGACUUGAGGACCGGGCAAUUAAGCAAUCAAGGCAGUUGAUACCGGUUGUGCCUUCAGCACCAAAGGGCUUGGGUCUGAACUCUUCGGAUAAAUCCAAGGCAAAACCACUGGUUCGAAGUGGUGAAAGCGGUCUUGCUUCUCUAAGAAAUACCCAACAGCAGUCCUCAAUGGUGCUCGGUAAUCUUCAGCCUAAUCCUGGUAGUCAGAUCAAGCCUGAUACUAGUAAGAAGCUGGUGGUUCUCAAACCUGCUAGGGAAAAUGGUGUAGCUUCUACCAAAGAAUCCGGAAGUCCAACUGCUGCUAGCCAGCUGACCUCUGCUCCAUCCACACAAGUUACAGCUUCUGUUAGAAGUACAAACAGUCCAAGGGAUCUCAAGGGAGCUUCCGUAAACGUGAUAGCUGGAAGAACUGUUGAAAAGAGACCUUUCUUGGCUCAAACUCAGAGCAGGAAUGCAUUCUACAGAGCUUUGAAGCAGAACUCAUCUACAAACAUCUCAACUGAUCCAUCAGAAGCUAGCUCUUGCAUCCUUUCUUUCGUUGAGGAAAAAGCAAACAGCUUCAAUGAGCUUCCAGCUAGUGACUCUUCAAGUAGACAGGCUGCAGAAAGAGACGAGAUCAUGGAAAAGGUUGAGAAAGUUUCUAAAGUUAGAGAGAGGAAUAAUGGUUUCGAAUCAGCUGAACGUCCAGAUGAGAAAGAGGCUGAGUUCCUUAAAUCCCUUGGGUGGGAUGAAAACAAUAGCGAGGAGGACGAAGCCAUCACAGAAGAAGAAAUCAGAUCCUUCAUUGAACAGUACAAGAAGUGUAAGCCAUCACUGGUGCAGAAGCUCCCUUUCAUACAAGAAGCAACAAAGGACGUAACUCCCGCCUCGUGA